AUGGCCACGAAUUCUUCUAAUGGAGCACCAAAGCAGCCUCCCAUGCCAUCUCCCUUGCGUUUUUCCAAGUUCUUUCAGUCCAAUAUGAGAAUUCUGGUUACUGGAGGAGCUGGUUUUAUUGGCUCUCACCUAGUUGACAAAUUGAUGGAAAAUGAAAAGAAUGAGGUUAUUGUUGCUGACAACUUCUUCACUGGAUCCAAAGACAACCUUAAAAGAUGGAUUGGUCAUCCAAGAUUCGAGUUAAUUCGCCAUGAUGUCACAGAGCAAUUGUUGAUUGAGGUUGAUCAAAUCUAUCAUCUUGCAUGUCCUGCUUCUCCAAUUUUCUACAAAUACAAUCCUGUAAAGACAAUAAAGACAAAUGUGAUUGGAACACUGAACAUGCUUGGGCUUGCUAAGCGUGUGGGAGCAAGGAUUUUGCUUACAUCUACUUCAGAAGUAUAUGGAGACCCUCUUGUGCAUCCCCAACCAGAAAGCUAUUGGGGCAAUGUUAACCCUAUUGGAGUUCGGAGUUGUUAUGAUGAGGGCAAGCGUGUUGCAGAAACUUUGAUGUUUGAUUAUCAUAGGCAGCAUGGACUAGAAAUACGCAUUGCAAGAAUCUUUAACACGUAUGGACCACGCAUGAAUAUUGAUGAUGGGCGUGUGGUCAGCAACUUCAUUGCUCAAGCAAUUCGUGGUGAACCCUUAACUGUCCAAGUUCCAGGAACUCAAACUCGCAGUUUCUGCUAUGUCUCUGACAUGGUUGAUGGACUUAUACGUCUAAUGGAAGGGGAAAACACUGGUCCAAUCAACAUUGGGAACCCAGGCGAAUUUACAAUGACUGAACUAGCCGAGAAUGUGAAAGAGCUUAUUAAUCCAGCAGUGGAGAUAAAGAUGGUUGAGAACACUCCUGAUGAUCCUCGUCAGAGAAAACCAGACAUAACAAAGGCAAAGGAAUUGCUGGGAUGGGAACCAAAGGUCAAGUUGCGUGAUGGCCUUCCUCUUAUGGAAGAGGAUUUCCGUCAGAGGCUUGGGGUUCCCAAGAAAAACUAA